GACGAGAAGAAAGAAAGGGAGUACUUCAGUAAGUCUUGCCUUGUUGCAAAAGAAGCUGCAAAUCAAUUCGGGAAUUAAAAACCCCAAUUCUUUCUUUACUCUCUCACACCGAAAAGAAAACUGAUUCUUUCAGAUUGAUCGUUUAAUCGCAGUAGAGAAGAAGAAUUAAAGAAUGGCACGAUACGAUAGAGCCAUCACAGUAUUCUCACCAGAUGGUCAUCUCUUUCAGGUGGAGUAUGCCCUAGAGGCUGUACGGAAAGGAAACGCAGCUGUUGGUGUUAGAGGUACUGAUACUGUUGUUCUUGGUGUUGAGAAGAAAUCUACUGCUAAACUUCAAGACUCUAGAUCAGUUAGGAAGAUUGUUAACCUGGAUAAUCACAUUGCUUUAGCCUGUGCUGGGCUUAAGGCAGAUGCACGUGUUUUGAUUAACAAAGCAAGGAUUGAGUGUCAAAGUCAUAGACUCACAGUUGAGGAUCCCGUAACUGUUGAAUAUAUCACACGUUACAUUGCUGGUCUUCAGCAGAAGUAUACACAAAGUGGUGGUGUGAGACCAUUUGGGCUAUCAACUUUGAUUGUGGGUUUUGACCCUCACACUGAUGUUCCAUCACUCUAUCAGACUGAUCCCUCAGGGACAUUCUCAGCUUGGAAGGCUAAUGCAACAGGAAGAAAUUCCAACUCUAUGCGUGAAUUUUUGGAGAAAAACUACAAAGAAACUUCUGGACAAGCAACUGUGAAGCUUGCUAUUCGUGCAUUGCUCGAGGUUGUUGAAAGUGGUGGGAAGAACAUAGAGAUAGCUGUAAUGGGAAAAGACAAGGUGUUGCGUCAACUUGAAGAAUCUGAGAUUGAUAUCAUUGUUGCUGAGAUCGAAGCAGAAAAGGAAGCUGCAGAAGCUGCAAAAAAACCAGCUCCAAAGAAUACCUAAUUUCCAUCUCCUAGUAAGUUGGUCCAAUUUGCGAAAAAUUCUGGAUAAAGGUCUGGCAGUGGCUCUCUUGACUGUCACAUUUUCUUUAGUUUUAUCAGAUUUGGAUUGAAACUGCUAAAACAGAUCUGCUAUCCUGGUUUCAAUUAUACAUUUAAGAAUUAAACAUUCAGUGUUCUGUAAAUGGACAUCAUCUCUUACUUAAAUGGACAGCAUCUCUAGAAAUACAUAUGUUCUCGUUUUGAAA